AUGUCCGCCUCUCCUUCUGAGUCUCUCGCUCCCGAGCCAUCAGGCAUGGAUACUCAGCAUGCUGGCAUUAUGGGGGAUCUCGCCGAAGACGAGUUCGAGCCUGCGGAGGAUGACGAUGAGUUCGAUAAGGUGGUGCAGAGCAUGAACGAGCCGAAUGCCAACAUGGACUUUUUGACUCGAGACCUAGAAAUAGGAGAAAAGGCAGACGACGCGAUAGAUUACGAGGAUUUUGACGAUGACGAGCUUCCAGACGAGGAAGAUGCAGCUCCGAGCGCGAAACCGACUGCUACUAUACCCCCGGACGACGACCUGGGAGACCUAUUUGGCGGAGACGAUGAUUUUCAAGAAGGCAGAGAAGGCGAGGGAGACGAGCUUGACGACCUGUUUGGAGAUGUACCUUCAUCCCCGGUGCAGAAGGAGGCGGCUAUCGGUCUCUCACUCCCUAUUACAGACCACGGUAUCGGGGGCGCAUUUGGAGAUAGCGGUAUUACACAGCGGUCUCUCGAGGCGCACGACGAUAUCUUCAACGAGGAUGUCGAGAGCGAAAAGGAGGCACCUCCAUCGCCUACUCUCGAUAUGGACCCCGCUACACUCCGAGACUAUCAGCUUCAGCAAGCCCUGUUCGCCAUGUCCGCAUAUGGCCCGGAUAACCCCCCUGCGCCGCCAGAAAAUAAUGAAGAGCUGCUUGCUUCGUUAUGGCCCAAGUUUGAUAAGAAUGCCCUACCCCGUUUUAUGGAGCUCAUACCGCCUAAAAAGGCUCGCUUCAUUGGCAAAGCCCCCCUCAAACCCCCCAAACGGAUCAAUCCUACAAAGAUCAAUAUCGAGUUAGCCCCGGAUCAAGAGCGUGCAUUCUUAUUUACUGGACACACGCAAAAGAAGCCGACAGAAACCGACCAGUUCGUCACGGUUAUGACUCCACCCUCCAUGUCUGUCGAAUCAAGUGACGUAGAAGCCGGCGAUGAUUCUGACGAUGACCUACCAGGUGGUAUUACCAUGGAAGAUUUGCAAUUCAUUUGCGCAGACUGGGACAUAAAAAGCCCUUCUCCUGAGAAUGACACAGCUACUACCCCUGACGUGCCCCGAGACGAUGAAGAUGACUGGCUAUUCGAAGUAGCUCAGCCAACUAAGAAGCGCAAACUCGGAAGAGAGCCUGCUGAUUACCUCUCACACUCGCAUAUUGAUCUCCCCAGCCUUGACGACCCAGCUGAAGCUACAGCUCUACUUGCUAGAAAGAUCCGGAUAGAUAUGAAUGACCCGUAUUUGUUGCUGGAUGAUUAUUCCAGUAACGAACCCGUCACACAGAUCAAACCCAGCAAGCUUCAGAGCACUAGUGAAAUAUCCAGUGGUUUAACCAAGCGUCUCAUGCAAAGAUACAAUAUUUCGAAUGAUGCGGCUUAUGACAUGUUGAAAGAAAACCAUCAGAACAAGGUACGGAGCACGCUUGGCAAUAUCGCCCUGGAGCACAGCUUGCCUGCAAUCCGACUCCAGUGGCCAUACUACAAGACAAAACUUGCGAGACCCGAAGCUCGAUCAUUCCACCGCCCGUCACUAACAUUCCAUCCCAACCUCCCACUCACAUUCAAGGUUCCCGCACAUCUCAAGCGGAAACAUCAAAAGGGAAAGGAUGCGAAGACCUUGUUCGACACUACGAAAUCGCUGUCGUUAGCCGAUAACUCGAAUGCCUUGUUGAUAGAACAUUCGGAAGAGUAUCCAACUAUGUUAUCCAACUUCGGUAUGGGUAGCCGCUUGAUCAACUAUUACCGCAAGAAAAAUGCAGAGGACCCCUCUCGGCCAAAGACAGAGAUUGGCGAAACUGCAGUUCUGCUUCCUCAGGACAAGAGUCCGUUCUCCAGCUUUGGUCAUGUCGAUCCAGGAGAAACUACGCCAACUAUCACCACGGGUCUUUACCGUGCUCCCGUUUUCCGCCAGGAUGUCAAAAGCACUGACUUUCUCAUUGUACGUAACAGCACUGGUGUGGAGGGCUCUAGCUAUUUCAUACGGAACAUCGACCAUUUGUAUGUAUCUGGUCAACAGUUCCCAUCCAUCGACGUACCAGGACCUCAUUCUAGAAAAGUCACGACUGCUGCAAAGAACCGUCUUAAAAUGAUAUGCUAUCGUCGAAUAAAACGCAAUGGGAAUAACAGAGUCAGCGUGGCUGAGGUGACGGAACAUUUCCCCGAUUCAACAGAUAUGCAAAAUCGACAAAAGAUGAAGGAAUUCCUCCAGUUUAACAAAGACCACAAAGAGUGGGAAAUGAAGAGCGGAGAGUCAGUGCCUAGCGAAGACGUUAUGCGUGGAUAUGUUAAGCCUGAAGAUGUUUGUCUCCUUGAGGCCAUGCAAGUUGGUCAGCAGCAGCUCCAUGAUGCCGGAUAUGACCGCGAAUCAGACAAUGGCGAUGACUACGAAGGCAAGGAAGGAGAAAGCUUGGAACAGCAGCUCGCUCCAUGGAAAACCACCAGGAGUUUCCUUCUAGCGUCUCAAGGAAAGGCCAUGCUGCAGCUUCACGGAGAAGGUGAUCCCACUGGCCGUGGAGAAGGCUUUAGCUUUAUCAAGACGUCCAUGAAGGGAGGAUUCCGAGCCGUUGGUGAGAGUGUAGAAGACAAAAUUGAUGCUCAACGGCAGAAGGAGCUUGGAGGCCACAGCUACAACGUCGCCAGACAACAAAAGUCGUAUGAAGAAUCAAUUCGCCGGAUUUGGGAAAGCCAAAAGUCUAGCUUAUCCUCAACUAUCCAUCACUCAGACGAAGAAAGUGAUGUAGAUAUGGGAGAAGCUGAUGAACUGUUCGGAAAGCCUACGCCGAGGUCUGAUCGUCCGACUCCGUCCUUCAGCCGUCGUGACGAUGAAACAACCAGUCAGUUCAGUCGAUUCAGCACAUCAAGUCAGUCGGGUAAGGUUAUGGUAAUCUCCCGCCAGAUCCGCAAUAAUAAAGGCCAGAUUGAAACAGUCAAAGAAGUUAUACGAGAUGCCAGAGUGAUCAAGCAGUAUCAAAAGCAGCGCCACGAGGCGGAUCUUGCAAACAUGACCCUUGUUGAUAUUAAACCUACAGGUAAUCCUGAAGUCGAUGCUCGAAAUAUGAAACACAUUGAGGAUGAGCUUCGUCGUCUUCAACGGAAUAAGGAGCGACGCCAUGCUCGAGAAAAGCAGAAAAGCGUCAUGGCUGAAAGUAACCGGGAAAUGUCACCUACUACAGCCGCUGGCUCUCCUGCUCCUAGUGGCCCAGGUGGCUCCAAACCUGGAGGCACGCAAAGGAAGUGUGCUAACUGUGGCCAGGUUGGCCAUAUCAAGACUAACAAAAAACUCUGUCCACUUCUCAAUGGAUCAAUGAGGCCAGAGGAUGCUUCCAAUUUACCAGCAUUUGCAUUAGGCGUCUCGCCCGGCUAA